GCUAUUUUUGGACGACAGAAUGAAAUUUUUUGUGUUAUCACUGAUUUCGGUGAUUGGAAUUGUUUGUUACGUCGACGCCCUUAACCUUAAUCAUGUUAAUGGAAAGAAUCAAGUUAAAAAUAAGAAUGAGUUAGCUGUUAAAUCUGGAAUAUCACGACAAAUUGUGAAGGGCAAAUCCCCUACUAUACGUCAUCCGGGUGUGGUGAAAGCAAACAUUGGAAAAGAUGGACAAAGACCAGCACCUGUAGCAGGCAAAGUCAUACCAAAGUCAAAAUCUUUCGUUAAACCAGCCGAAAGCCGUAGACCAGCCAUUGCUAGAGCAGCAACACGGAUUAAACCAACAUCAAACGGACCAAGUAGUUUAAAGAAACUUGAAGACGCUUUAAAGAAAACUGAACAGUCUUUAGCCCAAGAAAUCAGAAACCUUAAAAAAUCGAAUCUAAGUACAAAAGACUCUCCUUCCUAUGAUGAAUUAAAUUAUGAGGUAGGGGAUUAUGACCCUGAAAACUACCAGUAACGUAUGAUUGUCAAAAAACCCUUCAAAAUGUAUUUCAUGGGUUUAACAAUAUAACCUGUGUUUAAUCGAUUUCGAUUCAAUUUCUAUGUAAACUGAGUCAUAUUAAAUACUUCAUAAUUCUACAUGUACAAUCCAAUAUUAUUUGGUAAAAAAAGCAACCGUUUUGAUCAUUUGAGCCAAA